UUUCAAAAUUUAGAGACCCUCCAGUGGCACUCGCACAUACAUCUCUCUCUUUUCUUCAACCCCAACUUAUCUGCACCCUACCGCGCCUCUUCUCGGAGAUUUUGAUGUCGUCGACGACGGUAGCAAAUGCGAAGGGGAAAAAAAGAUGGUGAGGUCGCCUUUGGCGUUCUUGGUAUCGACUCCUCCCAUCUCUGGCUCACCCCCUCUCUCUUUCGGGUCUAGGAGUCUUGCAAAAACCAAUCAUAGUGGGAGUCUUCCUUAUUCCAUAUCUUUCAUGCCUUCUCUCAAAUAUUACUUGAAUGUAAGUCGUAACUCACUUUCUCAGUCAAUUGGGGACAUUUUUUCCAAUGGUUUACUGUUUCACAUGAUCAACAGGUGCUUAAUAUGUUUGUUUAUCUAUGUGUGGUUUAGCUGCGUUGUUUAAUUAACUUGAAUACAUUUUAUGUGGAUGGACAAACAUGUGUAAAACUUACUAUUACUUGCAGAUGACUACGAUUAUUCUUUCAUAGCUACUAUAUAGUAUGUGGCUUGGUAAUGACUAUGAUUUAUUAAUACC